AUGGCUCAUUCAGCGCAGAAAGGUAAAAUUCUCGCAGUUAUUGGUGAUGAAGAUACAGUGGUUGGAUUCUUAUUGGGCGGUGUAGGUGAAUUGAAUAAGGCUCGUAAACCAAACUACUUGAUCGUUGACAAGUCAACAUCAGUAGCUGAAAUCGAAGAAACAUUCAAAACAUUCUGUUCUCGAGAUGACAUUGCAAUAGUUUUAAUAAAUCAACAUAUCGCUGAAAUGAUCCGAUAUACUGUCGACCAACAUACUGCCAGUGUUCCUGCUGUUCUCGAAAUACCUUCUAAAGAAGCACCUUACGAUCCAUCAAAGGUUUGUUGA